ACCACACAAUGCAACGUUUACGUACCACUUUUACGCGUUCGCGUACACCAACCGGAGCCGAGAUGAAAACCCAAAAUAGUCUCGAAGUACCCAAACAGGUACGUUCCGCCUCCUUUGACGAAAUGCAAUUGGAGUCUCAACGGCUCUCAACGCAUUUCCUCAAACAACAAUCAUCGUCCGAUGAGAAAUCCUCCGAGGGGGGUUUCCUGCAAGUGCCGCAGGCAAUGCAUGCCCAACGUUCGCAUUCUUUCGAUUCAGCAGCCGCUUCGGCGGGCAGUGAUGAUUCGGGGACUUUUCUCGAAGUACCGCGUCGAGGUAAAAAUCGCCGCAGUUCUUCGACUAAAACACCACCGCCCUGUAUACAUUGCCUGUAUUUGGAGGAGUAUGAGAAACACAUGAGGGCAGAGCAGCGUUACCUCUUGGAUCAUCAUGAGAUGAAAAAUAUGAGCUACAGCAUAACCAGCUCCGAGCUGAGUGACGAUGAUUAUGAUGAUGAUGACGAUGAUGAUGUGGACAAUGUUAGCGAGCUGGUCGAAGAGGACGAAGAAGAGGCUGGCCAGGAGGACGAGGAUGAAGAGGGAGAGGCCACCGAUGAGGAUGUUAAUGCCUGCCCCGAGGCUUUGGAUGUGUACGAUGAUGCGGCCCUGGAAAUGGAUAUACGUCUGGGUGGUAUGUCGAGUAGCAUAGAUGAGACACGAGCUCGUUUGCCGCGGCAAAUGAGACGUCAUACGAUUGGCAGUUCAGUGACCACAUCCGAGGAUGAGGGUCUCGAAGAAUCCGAGCAUGAGUCACCACAUUUCGGUAAUACAUUAAUGCCCCCGCCACCAACUACACCCUGCGGCAUCACCUUCACUCUGUCCCCCACUAAUGGAGAUUACCUGCCUUUUCCCACCUACUCAUUUCCCAUUGAUCCCGGCUCACCGCCUGCUUCGCCAUCAUUUGCUUUGUCGGUAUGCGAUAGUCCGGUGAUGGAACUGCCGCCGCCUCCUCCCAUAUCACCCCUAGAAUUACUGCCACAAGCGCCAUCAUUCGAUGUAACUUUGCCACCACCACCAGCCUUUAGUACGGAUGACUGUUCACCUGCCAUUACUAUCGCCACUAACGAUGACACCACAACGACCAUGACGACGCCGACACCGACGCCGACGCUAGGGCAUGAUGACACUACAUCCAUGGCACCACCACCAUUAUCACCCUCGAGCCAAAGACCACGCAGACGUUCCAUAUCCCGCCAGGAAGCUAUAUUUGUUGAACCCACAGGUAACUCGCUGGAGAAUGUCUCACAGGAGGAACAGCUCAAGUCCUCAGCGGAUGCGGUCAACUCUUCCGUCGAUGAGAUCUCCACCAUGGCCACUUGUGGCUCACCCGCUCCUGCCCUGUUGGCUGCCGCAGCGGCAACCAAGCAUGCUUUGGUUGUGCGUGAUAUUUAUUUAGCUGUACCUGAUUUAAGACGUGAUCGCGCCGCCUCUGUGGAUUCCUGCUUUUCCAAAGUCUCCUCGGGCAAUAAAACGGAAGAAUUGCAGCCGAGUGAUGGCUGCUUCCUGACGGUGCCCAAUAUCAAUGCAACACGUUCGCGUUCAGUGGACAUUGUCCUGCCGACAGAUGAGCAGGCCCGCUACAAGGCUUUGGCCAUGGCCGGCACCUCGGGCAUCUAUGGCGAUGGGUAUGUACACAAUAACAUUGCAUUUAUAAUAUGCGCAGAUAUUUGUAGCUUAAAAGAAAAAUUCAUAUUAAAUCGAGGCGGUAACUCGAUUUCGAAUGGAAUAGGAUAA